AUGGUGAAAGAUCCUCUAGUGAGCUCCAAAGCGGAGCUCAAGCACAAGCAAAAUCUCAAUAAGAAGGCAAACUCCAGCGGGUUCGAGUCCCUGAACCUGAGCUCCAAUGUCUACCGAGGAAUUAAGCGUAAGGGGUACCGCGUCCCCACCCCAAUCCAAUGGAAGACCAUGCCCCUCAUCCUCACCAGUACCGACGUCGUCACCAUGGCUCGCACUGGUUCAGGGAAGACCACCGCGUUUCUGGUCCCAAUGCUUGAGAAGCUGAGGCAGCACAUCCCUCUGGGUGGGGUCAGGGCUCUCAUUUUGUCUCCCACCAGGGAUUUGGCUCUACAGACCUUGAAGUUCACCAAAGAGCUCGGAAGAUUCACUGAUGUCUGCACAAGUUUGUUGGUUAACAGUGACAGAAUGGAAAGUCAAUUUGAAGAAUUAGCUCAAAAUCCAGAUAUCAUUAUUGCAACACCUGGUAGGCUCCUGCACAAUUUGUCUGAGGUUGAAGACAUGUCACUGAAGUCAGUGGAGUAUGUGGUUUUUGACGAGGCUGACAGUCUCUUUGGGUUGGGCUUUGCUGAGCAGCUUUAUAAGAUCCUUACGUAG